AUGUAACAUUUAGUCACGAAGUUUUGGUUUUGUUUGUACAGAUCGUACUUGAUGUCAACUUGAUUUUCCGGUUUUUAUAUUGUGAUCAAAUUACUUAUAUAUUUUACGACACGUGUCAUUUUUUUGGCUCGGACAUGUUUUCGAUAGAUCAAUAAACGAAUUCAAAUUUACGACUGUAGUUACGAGUUCAUAACACUGGGUUAUUGGGAGUUCGAGUUAUCAGUAGAUGGCAAUAAAUAAACUGAGACGAGGUUUCCCUCGAUGAAAACAUCGAGUUUCACGUGAAUACAAAACUGUCUCCCUCAGGACGAGUAAUUUUGUGUAAUGAUGUAGCCACUGCCCAUGACCUGAAGGAAUGAAUAGCCUGUUCCAGGCUCUCGGUCAGUGGGGUGGAACAGGCUAAGGAAUGAAACACGUGUAAGCAAGGGUUGUAAGUGUGAGUUAGCGAGAGGCUCGAGUUAUCGAGGGUUCGAGUUACCGAGAGUAAAAUUGCACACUUACACGGCACUGACAUAAGUAUUAGAGGGCGAUUAGGAACGCCAUAGUUUGAUCUUCGCUAAUGAUAAGCCUGCGUAUAGACAGUUUCAUCAGUCGUCUACCGUCAUCCUGCAUUCUGUGCGAAACGGGUCGAAAGAACUAGUUGAUGCCUGCAAAGAUUAGCCGAUACCUAAACAAAGGAAAACGAUUCUUGUUGACUAGAACGCCAUGAUUUCCACGGCACUCGUCAGGAUCUUUGCAUUCUAUGUCUACUUGCCUCUGGUAACGUCAGUAACAGUGUCUACAGUGUACGGUGAUGUCGAAGGUCUUGUGACUUCGUACCCGAAUGCCUCGGGUCCGUUCAAGUCUAUCAGUAAAUUUCUUGGCGUUCCUUUCGCCGCUCCGCCGGUUGGAGAGCUCAGACUAAAAGCGCCAGAAGCACCACAAGAGUGGAAACCGAAAGUUCUCCAAGCAAAGGAACACGGGCACGUUUGUUGGCAAGGAAAGUACAAAGUGCAGAUGAUAAAAUACUUCAAUCCAAAUUUCUCGUUCAACGAGGAUUGUUUGUACCUUGAUGUCUACUCUCCGAAUGUUAGUGCGAGUUUACCUGUGAUGGUUUACAUUCAUGGUGGAUCUUACGAGUCGCCUCUAUCUAAGGGUCUCUUUCAACAAGCCAUUGCAGAGAGUGGUGUGGAUUUGAGCCCCUUUGCAAUUCAGCCGGUUUCCUUUGGACUCCGUUUUGCUAAAGAGCUUGCUCAAAACUUGGAUUGUACUACAAGCGACCACAGCGCAAUGGUUGCCUGUAUACGCAGUAAGAAAGGCGAGGAAAUACAGAAUGCUUCCAACUCGAUAACUUAUCAGUUCUAUGAAUAUUUGCGCUGGGCGCCAGUGGUAGACAAGAAUUUUCUUCUCGAUACGCCUCAGAAUUUACGAAAUAAAGGAGAUUUUAAGAAAGUGAAGUUGAUGAUCAGUUUUAACAGUCAGGAGGGAGGGACAACUCUUGGAUUCAUGGCGAACUCGUCUUUUGGGAUGGCGGAAAGUGUGGACGAUGGAGUGAGUCCGUCAUUUUUCGAGGAAUUUUUAACAAAGCUUGUCCGCGCCCGGAACAGCAGAAAAGACAACGCCGACCUUAUCGCGGAGGCUUUGCAGUUUAUGUACACACCAUGGCCUGACAAAAACGACAAAUACGCACUGAGAAGCCAACUAUUGGACCUCAUCGGUGAUUACAUUUACUUUGCACCAAGUCACGAGGUUGCUGAUAUUCAUAGCAAAGUCGCUCCCGUGUACAUGUACGAGUUCGCACAUCGCAGAACGAUAGGAAAUAAGAACAAGGAGUGGAUGGGAGUGAAAAUCAAGGAUUUAAGACACUUGCAACUUUUCUUAAACUCUUCCCUUAUUUCCCCAGAACACUAUAGCUCAUUAGCUAACAACUACGAAUACCUCUACCAAGAAACCUACGAAGAACUCAUCCCGCUCGUGUUGAAAUCUUUAGACUUGAAGCCCCAUCACGUUGUUGCUGACAUUGGUAGUGGAACAGGCUGGGUUGCCGAGACUAUCUUUGAAUCGUUCGGCCUAAAAAACCCGAUUUGGUGCGUGGAUCCUAGCGCAGAAAUGCAAGAACUAGCUCGCAAAAGGAAAGGGAUUUACCGGGUUCAGAAAACAGCGGAAGAAUUUUUUUCUGAUCCGAAAAUCAGCCAAUGUUUUGACAUGGUAAUAGCAAUAUUCAGUACACAUCACUUUGUCGAUCCCGCUGCUGCUUACAAAGGAAUAUUUCGUUCUCUUCGACCCGGUGGUACCUUUAUUCAAAUUCUCACGAUAAGUGAUGGUCAUCCCAAGUUCCAAGUGGCCGUCGAUAAAAUGAGCAUUCACUCUCAAAAAAUGAGCGAGACGAAGAAGUUCCUCCGUGGGAUUAAGUUUCAGGGAAAAUUCACCCAGAAAGAGGUCUGUUAUCCAUGGAGUGUGACAAAAUCCAAGUUGUAUGAGAUGUUUCGUUGUCGUUACAUGAGCAUGUUUCACCAGUUAAGCGAUGAACAAAUUGAAGAAGGAAUUAAAGAACUCGACAGCGAGACGUUGAAAGAUGUGAAGGAUAACGAACUCAUCAACUGUACCUAUGUGAUGCUCAUGACAAAAUUUGAACUUGAAUAGCGCUAAAUGUCAAUGUAAGAGAUAUAAAAAGUCGUAGACAUAUUCACUUGGUCGAAUUCCCGCUCGACAUCCACUGGACGUUUAAGAGGGGAGGGGGUAUUGCGUGUCAAUUUCAGACGUUAGUGCGGGACAUUUUUGACCAAAAGUAAAUGAUCUAUAGUGAAAAGAAAGUUUACUUUAUGUUUAGCCAGAACUGCAGACUGCAACAGUCCAAAAACGGACUGUUUUAACCUGGGUGCACUAUCGACAGACAGUUGAAAAAGACUUGUUGAGUAAAUUAAGGCUCAAGCAUGCUUGAAGUUAGUAGGAAUGGAUUUUAACUAGAAUACCGUUGGCAAUUAGGUGAAGGCAUUUUGAUUAAAAUCAUGACGGCCUCUUUACGCCUUGUACCGAUGAUUCAACUGGUCGUCUCUUAUCAAUGCCGCGGUCGAAUCAGAAAUAGAAAACGUAUAUUGCGAAAAACGUAAAAAAUACACGAGUUUGUAUUGAAAUGUGACGACUGCAUUCAGCAGUUAGAAAUAAGGAGAAAGAAAUUAAAAUACAGUUGAAAAAUCACCCUACCCUGCUUCCUUUGUGUAUUUGCUAUGUUGCUGUGCAGGCUUUUGGAGGCGCGGUGGCCUC